UAACACUGAUGUCUUCAUUAUGAGGCACAUCCAGCAGACACCAGCAAAGUCAUCACGGUGCAAAACUAGGGUGUCACUUUAACGCUAUGGGUGCUGGUGUGCGCAUGCAGUCACGGGUUGUCGAGGUUAUGCUAUUUUCCCCCUCAUCAUUACCGGCGUGCUCUCUCCUCUAACAUGGACGUGAACUUAUGGAAAAAGUGAGAAGGAUGCUGUGUUUUCCAGGACACGCCCUGCUGUCAUUGCAAAGUCCGGCUCCCCAUCGCAGAGGCUAUAGCUCCUAACCAAACGCAUGCUUUUCCUCGCGUCCAGCAGCAAUAUGCUCAAUGACAACCUGAAGAAAAGAUAAUAGCGGGCUGUCAAGCGGUCUUCCCCCGGUUUCCAAGCUGCACCGGCGGAUCUCCACUGCUGCUCGUGUCGCUAAAGAAGGAGACGGUACCUACCAGGCAUGUCUGCUGCAAGAGUGGCCCAUGCGCAGGACACUCAGCAGCAGCAGCACUCCACAGAGAAGCCCCUGAUCCAGUGUUACAAAUGUGGACAGCCGUGUAAAGGAGAGGUGCUGCGUGUCCAGAACAAGCACUUCCAUCUCAAGUGCUUCACAUGCAAAGUAUGCGGUUGUGAUUUGGCCCAGGGCGGCUUUUUCAUGAAGAAUGGGGAGUACUUGUGCACUCUGGACUACCAGCGCAUGCACGGGACCCGCUGCAAUGGCUGUGGGGACUUCGUGGAGGGAGAGGUGGUCACUGCUCUGGGCAAAACCUACCACCCGGCCUGCUUCGUGUGCACCAUCUGCAAACGACCGUUCCCUGCAGGAGACAGAGUGACCUUCAAUGGGAAAGACUGUCUGUGUCAGUACUGCAUCGAGCCAAUGUCACCCGGACCCAAGGACAUCCUGGGCUCCAGCAAUUGUGCAGGAUGUGGUCGUGACAUUAAAAACGGACAGGCUCUUUUGGCUCUGGACCGACAGUGGCAUCUGGGUUGCUUCAAGUGUAAAGCCUGUAGUAAAGUACUCACUGGAGAGUACAUCAGCAAGGAUGGCGCCCCCUACUGUGAGAAAGACUAUCAGAUACAUUUUGGUGUUCGGUGCGAGGCGUGUCAUCAGUUCAUCACAGGGAAAGUGCUGGAGGCAGGAGACAAACACUACCAUCCCAGCUGUGCCCGAUGCAGCCGCUGUAACCAGAUGUUCACAGAAGGAGAGGAGAUGUAUCUACAAGGAUCCACCGUGUGGCAUCCCGGCUGUAAGAACACCACCAGAACAGAGGAGAGACACAGGGAACGGCCUACACGGUCGUCGUCUGAAAGUAUUUGUUCCCGACCUGGUUCAAGCAUACCUGGCUCACCGGGUCACACCAUCUAUGCAAAAGUAGACAAUGAGAUCCUUGAUUACAGAGACCUAGCUGCCAUUCCCAAAGUCAAAGCCAUUUAUGACAUUGAGCGCCCUGACCUUAUAACCUAUGAACCCAUGUACACCACCUCUUUGGACGAGCAAGACGAGCGGAGAGAGAGUGUGGGAGAGCUCCACACUGCCAGGAGAGAACGUUCACCACUGCCUGAUGACAAGUCCUCAAGAAACAUGUCGCCUACUCCAUCCUGUGAGGGCUCGUACGACCGUCGGGAGCGUAUCCUGCUGCGGUCUACCAGUCAGGGCUCCAUUGGCUCUCCUGUUUAUAAUCGACAUAACUACAUCCCCACACUGUCCCGGUCCCCUCAGCACUUCCAUCGGCCCGAUCAAGGAAGCAACAUCUACAGAAAACCUCCAAUCUACAAACAACAUGCUCGCCAAAGCAAGUCAGCGGAUGACAUCAUUCGUUCGGCCACGUUCCCCGCGGCUCACGCCCCCUCCCUGGACCACAGCGAGGCCGAGCGCAGGCCCUGCUCCCUGGCUGCUUUAGGUCCAGAGGGCAGGAGGAGAUCCAGAGAAGAGGAUGAGGAAGAGGCCUUGAAAAGAAAACAACUCCAAGAAGAACAUCUUAAUAAGAUCCAGUCAGGUUUGGGGAAGUUGAUCCUUAAGGAGGAGAUGGAGAAGGAGCAGAUCAGAGCGCGGAGUCAGUCUGCUCAGCGCUGUGACGCAGAGCCGACUUCUCCGACAAAAACAAACUCGCUGCCUGGAUAUGGAAGAAAUGGAUUGCAUCGGCCCCAGUCGACAGAUUUCACUCAGUACAACAGCUACAGCGACAUGUGCGGAGGAGGCAGAGAGUUUCAGGUAUGUGUCUGCUGCUCCACAUGGCACGGCCCUCUCCUGUUUGCUCCAUAGACCUGCUCCAUCUUGUGUUUGAGGCCUGUAUUUGCUUGGUGCUUGUGGGUGGCCAAAGACACGGUGUCCUGAAUGCUCUUCGCCCACUCCUGCCUCACGCUUGCAUCACUCUUGGACCCAUGUCAGCUCCAGAGUGCACCAGUGUUUUUAAUCCUCCCAUACAAAAAAACAACAACAAACAAACUUGAUGCUCUUUAGGCCUAUAUAAUAUUGUUUAUUGUUUUAAUAUAAUACCUCAAUUUUAGUUUAUAUCUUAACAAAAUCAAGAGGACCCUUACAAAUUUAACUGACCUGACUUCGAACAGUUGACCACAUCGGCAAAUAUUAGUCCAGUUGACUAAUUGUAACCUUUUUACUAUUAAUCCCACGGAGCUCAACAGUGACCGCCCACCCACUUUGGAACUGAAUUUCUCAUUUUUCCCAUAGACCUAUCGGAAAAAAAUAACAUUAAACAUCUGAAAGCAGUAACUGUAGUAACUAAUGGUGUUACGACCCAACUCUGCAAGGGAAAGGCAAGUAACAAAAAACAAGAUGGACAGUUGGUAUAAAUAAAGUAAUAAUUUAAUAAACAGGAUUGUAAAAGGGUAAAGCAACAAAACAUGCUAAAAUAUGUACAUAAAAUAACCUAAACUAAGAAACUAAAUAACAGAAUUAACAUAUAACGGGUCACGUAGGUGUAUACAACAACGAGUGACUAAACUAAUGGAUAUAAAACAAAACUAAAUCACGAAAUAAAGUCACAUAAACCACAAACAGAAUUGUGUGACAAAUAAAAAGACAAAAAAAACAGAACUAAACUAAUAGAAAUUCAGUAUCUCAACACGCACACAAAGUCAGACAUGUACUAGCACAAAACAAAGUCACUGAUGCAAAAGAGACACAGACACAAAAUGACAGACUGGCCACAAAGACCAGCAGCCCCGAACAGGUCUAACUAAUCGUCUUAAAUAGGGGGAGGUGGCUGCAGGUGAGGUGGGACUGGCCUGGUGUAGACAAGCCCCACAAAUCAGAGACCAGAAUUCAGCAGCCAACCAAGACAAGUCAGGAGAGCAGUCCACCAAUCAGCUGUAAAUGCUCCCACAGCAACAAUUAAUAGGGCCUAAAAAAGAAAUUAAAACACACACAAACCAAGACAGAGAACUUGACGCCUAGAGUCGUAACA